CCAAUCAAAGGUGGCUCUGUUAUUGAAAUGCGAAGCCGUUUCCUCUCCAAACCCCUUGGCUACUCAAGGCGGGAAUCAAUGGACCUAUAUACUCUCCCUCGAGUUAUAAAUAAAUGUCUAUUUGUUCAGGAGGCGUUUUCCCGCGUGUCCCAUCAUCUUCUCCAGUAGUAAUCAUAAGUGUGUGUGUGUGUGUGUGUGUGUGUGUGUGUGUGUGUGUAUGCGCGCGCGCGCGCGCGCGCCCAUGUCCUGGUCCUGUGACAUCUGGUUCUAAUCCUGAAUGUGGAUCUAUAACUCAACCCCACCCACCCAGACUCCCCCUUGCAUUCCUCACUCUAUAAAUAAACUCAGGUUCUUAGGCACUAUCAUCUAAGGACACAAUAGCAGUUGUGGGUUAAAAGAGAUUUAAUCCAACAUUGAUACUGAGCCCAGCAGCCAACAAUUGGGGCAAAACAAGCAAUCUGGGUAAAAGUUUGGUUCUCAGUUGUCCUCCUUGUCUGUAGGGGGAAGACCUCUCCCAUGCUUGGAUACUUGAACUACAAGGUGACAAACUGUGUAGGAAAGUCAGUAGAGGCUACAAUUCAUCCCACAGAUCCCUAGCAGCACCUCCUGUGGACAUAACCCUGAGUAGACAGGCAACAGGAGGUACGGUGUGGGUGGGGGCUUGUGGUUGGGCCUGCUGCUUUUCCUGAGCUCCAGAGCUGAAUCCUCCGGAUCUGAGCAGAGGGAGUAUUCUAAGAGACUGCUGUUUUACAAGGUCUGGGCAGAGCGCUGCCCCUCCCUUCCCCCCCUGAAGUUUGCAUGGAGUGCAGCUAGGCUGUAAUUAGAGGAUCUGGGAGGAGAAGUCUCCUGGUGACGCUUUGCCUUUCUUCUGCUCUUGGUGAGAAGUGCCUCCUUCAUCCUCGGAUCAGGACCUCUGCCAUCCAACACCACAAAGAGACAUUCUGCACACACGCGCUCGGACACACACACCCAUACCCACACCCACACAGCACUCGCCCAGAGACAAACUUAAGGUCAGGAGGAGCACUAGCUUCACUUCAUCUCCAGCUCCCAGCUAAGUGGGACUCAGCUUCUGACCUGGAACUCAGGACAAGCAUCGAAGAGUCUGAGCUACAAGGAUGAGAAGUCUACUUUUCCUGGUGCUGAUUUCAGUCUGUUGGGCUGACCACCACCUUUCAGACAGCUACACUCCUCCAGACCAAGACAGAGUUAUUCACAUCCAAGCAGAAAAUGGCCCCCGUCUACUUGUGGAAGCAGAACAAGCCAAGGUCUUUUCUCACCGAGGUGGCAACGUGACACUGCCAUGCAAAUUUUAUCGAGACCCUACAGCAUUCGGCUCAGGAAUCCACAAAAUCCGAAUCAAGUGGACCAAGCUAACUUCAGAUUACCUCAGGGAAGUGGAUGUCUUCGUUUCCAUGGGAUAUCACAAGAAGACCUAUGGAGGCUAUCAAGGUCGAGUGUUUCUGAAGGGAGGCAGUGAUAAUGAUGCUUCCCUGGUCAUCACAGAUCUCACCCUGGAGGAUUAUGGGAGAUAUAAGUGUGAGGUGAUUGAAGGGCUAGAAGACGAUACUGCUGUGGUGGCAUUGGAGUUACAAGGUGUGGUGUUCCCUUACUUUCCACGACUGGGACGCUACAAUCUUAACUUUCACGAGGCACGCCAGGCUUGUCUGGACCAGGAUGCUGUGAUUGCUUCCUUUGACCAGUUGUAUGAUGCCUGGCGGGGUGGGCUGGACUGGUGCAAUGCUGGUUGGCUCAGUGACGGAUCUGUGCAGUACCCAAUCACCAAACCAAGAGAGCCCUGCGGGGGCCAAAACACGGUGCCUGGCGUCAGGAACUACGGGUUUUGGGACAAGGAUAAAAGCAGAUAUGAUGUCUUCUGUUUUACAUCCAACUUCAAUGGCCGAUUUUACUACCUGAUCCACCCCACCAAACUCACCUACGAUGAGGCGGUGCAAGCUUGUGUCAAUGAUGGUGCUCAGAUUGCGAAAGUGGGCCAGAUAUUUGCUGCCUGGAAGCUUCUGGGCUAUGACCGCUGCGAUGCCGGCUGGCUGGCGGAUGGCAGUGUCCGCUACCCUAUUUCUCGGCCAAGAAGGCGCUGCAGUCCUACUGAGGCUGCAGUGCGCUUUGUGGGUUUCCCAGAUAAAAAGCAUAAGCUAUAUGGGGUCUAUUGCUUCAGAGCAUACAACUGAGUAUGCCUUAGGAAGAGUCAGUUCUCGAGUUACGUGAAAGUUUUGUUUGUUUUUGUUUUUAAUAUGAACUCAUGCAAGUUACCAAAACUGUGAUAACCCUUUUUCACUUACUGUAAAGAGUCGUUUUCAUAAAGGCCAAUUCAUUCAUUUGUUUUGUAAAGCUAUCAAUCUAUUAUAUAUAUUAUAAAGUAAUGUAAGCGGAAGGCAAUCUAAAAAAAGGGGGGAGGGGGCUUUAGAGCCUAACUGGUUCAUGCUACAUCAUCCAAACAAGAUGCCAUUUCAUGAAUGGGAUAUGCUGUAGACUGAGAAUCACCAGGAUUGUAUUAAGGUAAGGAAUGCUACUUGCCGCAGUAAUUUCCACAAGCACAAAUUUUACAUAUUUCUACAAUUUUGAAAUGUACUUCACUAAACAAAUUAGAACAACAAAUUUGAAAUCCAGACUUCUUUACAUAAACCAGGAUUCUGGGAGGUGCAAAAACUCAGUAUCAUAAGGGAACAACGGAGACUUUUUCUAAAAGUUAACACUUUAAGUCUCCAGUAUACAGAAUAGUUUACUCUUUAAAAUUCUACCGUUUUGACCAAAAAAUUCAUAUAGACUCAGAUGCAGAAUAAUAAAGCCACAGUUAGAACUCCUAGGUCAGCUCAUUUAUAUAAAAUAUCUACUUAAGAACACAGAUACUACUUUACCAAUGAAAGAGUCCUACCUUCUAAUUACAAUUACCUAUCUGAGAUGACUUGUUUUAUUAUUUUUGAGUAGCUUUACUGAAUCAUAUUUAAAUUCUAAGAACCUUUGCUAAUCAGUAUUUAGAAUCUACUCAGGGCAGUUAAAAUGACAAACUGCUGGACAGAAAACGUGUAAAAUGUAGCAGCUUGAUUUUAUGUUAGCUUAUGAAAUGUUAUUGUCCUAUAAAAAUAAUUUUAAUCUAUUUAAUAUUUCUUAUUUACAUUACAUGACAAAAAACAUCAAAUGAAUGAAUAACUCUACACUUGCCUAACUAAGAAAUAAAGACUCAACUUCCAAAAUUGUUCUUGUUUGUAUCCACAAUACAGUGUCCAAAUAAGACCUGUAUUUAUAGAAGAAAGGGAAAAAUACAUUUCUAAGUAGUCUCUCAAGUAGGAAAUAGUCACUGUCAGUUUCCUUUCUGGUUAGAAUUUGACAAAAAUAAAAUAUUGUCAUUCUCAUAGUACACCUCCAGGCUUUAAGUGAAAAGUUAAGCCCAGGUUCAGAAAAGUGACUUCCAGUAUUAGCAACUCCAGUCUUAAAUUGAAAUUACUUGUUAUGAUUGCUGAGACCCCAGAGGGACCAAUAUUUAUAUUCAAGUAAUAUUUCUGGUUUCCCAUUAUUUCACAGUGGAUUCUUAUGAGUGGGCCUUAGUAAAAUAAUCCAAGUACAACAUAGCUGGUAUGCUGUCAUCAAUGUUUUUAUGUAGAUUUCCCCCCAUGAACAUAACUAAAUAAAUCUGUUUCCUGAAUUGACCAUGGUUGCAUUUAAAGCUCUGUAAUAACUGUAAUAAAAAUGCUCUAUAAAUAUAGAGUUAUGUGUGUGGAAAGUAUAGAGCAGUUGGAAGUCCAUGAAACCAUAACUAUCAUGAUAUAUUAUCUAGAUAAAAUAUUGUAAGUAAAAAUAGAACCUUUCUUUCAGAUACUUAAGCCAUGACAAUGCAUGCAGUUAUAAGUUAGGAUAUGCAAAUUACACGAAAGUAUACAUCCAAAGAAAAUGUGGGGUUUCACUCAAACAGUGCUGAUGUAAAUUGAAUUCAGACUUCUAAGCUAAACACAAAUUAAAAAGACUAAAUGGUCUAUAAUAUAAUGAAUAUAUUACUUAAGGAGGAGACUCCAAACUAGCGCCUCAAACACCUUACAGGCUGGGCUAAUCUCUUUGGAGGAAGAUCAUACUUGAACAAUCAUUACCUAUAUUGUAAGAAUUUUGUCUGCAAUGCAAGUAGAUAAAUUUUAUACUAAAUUAGGCACAUUCCAUCCAGUUAUUGUCAUAGAACUCCACAUUACAGUGCAGUAGCAUUUCUUAACUUUUGAAUACUUAGUAUAGGAAACGGUGCUGAUUAAAAUCUCCAAAGUGACUGUUAGCUGACAUAUGUCUAUACCAAUUGCGCACCAUUUGUCCAUUCUUGACAACAUCCUGGAAUGAACACUGCUGGGCAGAGUUUUUAAACUUCUAAUUUCACACAAAGGACCAGAAUCUUCAUUCCCUCCCUUUGAACUCCUAAUUGAAAGGGGUCUUUUAAUGUUCUCAUCUUGACGUUUUCACUCCACCAAAUAAUCUAUUUUCCUACUUCAUAUCUCAUUAUAAAUGUCUU